UGGCACUGCACUGGCUUCGCUUUUUUUGCUUUACUUUGUCAUACCACUGCAUCUUUUUCACGGGAAUGUUUGUCAGAAAACUGGUUCUCCUGUGUUUACAUUGAAGUUUCUAAAUUAACCACAUCUCUGGGACCCCCCGGUGCAAACCGCUGCUCACUCUACCAACCAACUGGAACUGCGACUUUUAACGCCAGCUCUCGUAACCAUGGCGAGACAUGAUCCUCUUUGGCAACCAGUCCUGGUUGUUCAGGUGAUGACCAUCGAACUCCGCGGAUGCUUCUUUCCAGAGUCAAACGGAGAUCAGCGUUCGAUCCAUCAACUCAAAAUGAAAGGUGAGUUGUCAGAUUUGUUGCUCCAGGAGCUUUUCCAUUUAAAAUGUGGAGUUUUCGUGUGAUUGAUGCUUUACGUUUCCACAGGCGUAGUCGCGCUCGCCGUGUUGUUGGGAAGUGUUCGUCUCGGCCAUCCCUGUGUAAAAGGGGAGUCAGUUUUGUUCUGCCUUGACGCUCUAACAAAUUUCGUCCCUAACUGUACAACCAUGCUUGUGGGUUUAAAGAAUGUUGGAGAAAUCAACUCCACGGUUCUGCAAAGCGUGAGCCUCUCCUCCAUCACCAAGUUCGAAAGCCCAAACUCGGGUAUCUCAGGAAUCGCUGAGAAUGCCCUCAGCUCUUUUUCACAUCUGAAAAUUCUCAUUUUAGAUGGUAACAGUUUGUCCAGCGUUAACCAGAACUGGUUCAGAAACCCUGCUACUGUCACUGAGCUAGAUUUCUCUUCCAACCUGAUUAAAUAUUUGAACGAGUCGAAUCUGACAGGACUCUCAAACCUCAAGAAGCUCAAUCUGAGAGGGAACAAGAUCCACACCAUCCAUCCAGACGCCUUCAGAUCCCAGAGGAAGUUGACUGAUCUGGAUUUGUCAGACAACCAGUUGACGAGGCUUUCCCCGCAGAUCUUCACGUCUCUAAAGUCUUUAACGUCCAUCAGACUUUACGGGAAUCCCUGGAACUGCUCUUGUGAUGCCCAGGUCUUUGUUGACUCUCUGAAAGAACUGAAUACAUCUGUGCUGGUGAAUCCGAUGAGUGUGAAAUGUAAGACUCCUCCACAUCUGGAAGGUCGACCAGUUUUCAACUUGUCUGUGUGUUCGACUGCUACACCAUUGAGGAGUUCAGCGACUCCAACCAGUAUAUCUCUCAUUUUGUUUAACUUUUUUGGUUGUGAUCCAAGACUAAUUCUUAGAUCGUUUUUGAAAAAAUCACUUUCUAGGAAUAAAUAUCUUUUUGAUCGUCAGGUAAAACUCAAACAACUCGCUCACAGCAAACAUCUGGAAAGACAGAAACAUCUUUCAGUACCAAAUCUACUAUCCAAACUCGAACAACUUCUGCUCUCAUGGCAACACUUUCCUCUUCAGAGACUACUGAGAGAACAAAACCACCUGGUGCCACAGCGUCAUCUUCAUCCCCUGGACAUUAUGUGACGACAUUAUCAUCAGUCAUCAGACCUGUAACUACACCUUCACGAGCCGUAGGUGUGUGUGAUUCUUCUGAAUCAGUCUCUCAUAUUUAAAACCAAAUGUAUUAAUUUGUAUUUCCUUCAUGCUCAGGUUCAUCCACAACUUUAAAUACAAAGAUAUGCACUCUGAUCGCUGUUAUUGGUAUGAAUCCUCUUUUUAUUUGAACAUUUUUAGUUAAUUUGGUUGGAAAAAUCUCAUCUUGAUAUUAGAUUAUGGCUUUGUUCUUGUGCAGUGGUCCUAUGCGUACUGCUGCUUUUUGCGUGUUUCAUGGCACUGAUGCAUAGGAGGAAUCGCAGUAACAAAGCUGUGAGGCCUGGAUGUCCAACAGAAGAAGAAAAGCGGGAAGGAGACGGCGUGUCGAGUCGGGAUCAGUCUGGAUGUCUGGAAGAGGCUCGGAGAAAAUCCUUCACUGGCAUCAGAGCAAAGUCUGCAAACGCAAUCAUCCUCUCAUCUCCUUUCUGUGUGUCUGAGAACGACAAAGUCACUUCUGAAAACUCUGAAAAAGAGAACCUGGGAGCUGAAAUGGGAGAAGUUCAUCCAGAAACUUUCAUUACCAUGGACUCGAUGGAGGAGUGUGUGAUGCAGGAAGGUGAUGAUGGAAAUCCCUACGAAAACCGGGAGUGUGAUCAUGUUAACAUGGACGUUGUACCGUACUUGAGUAUCGGCACCAAGCAGAACAAACCAAAUCCUGAUGAAGAGUCUGGAGAAGGUCCAGGUUGGAGUCGACAGAGAGGAAAAUUCAUCAGGAUCUCCACCUGGCCUCCUACUGCAGCUCAGUGGCAGGCAAGAUGCAAGGCCAAAGAGGAGGAAGAGGGAGCUGAUGAGUUCACUGUUUGGACUCAGAGUGUAACUACAAAGCUCUCAGAAGAUGUGAAGGUGAUGAUGGAGCAUCCCAGCAGCUCUAACCGGUGUGAAGAUGAGGAAACAAACAUAAAUCUGAGUCUUUCAGACACCUUCAAACCACUGGAGACUCCUGUCCGCGCAUCGGAGGGGGAAGAAACGAACCUGGAUCCAGAUUCUGCAACACAGACAGACAUCUGGGUCAGCACCGGCGAAGAGCUGAAGUCCGAGGAACAUCCGGCACAGAAGAAGAGAGAGGCAGAUGUGAGGCAGGACCAGAAGCGGUCUGCGAUCGUCAAACAGAGGGCAGAAAACAGAGCCGCUGCUGGGGCGAAGGCGCCCUCUGGUGGCGCUUCUCCAGAUGACGAAACUCUGCUGUCAGGGAAUGAAUACGCCUUCAUGGACCUGCUUCAUGAAGUGGUUCAGAACAACGGCCGCUGGACGAGAGAGAGGUGGAAACAGAAUAAUGUUAACAAGCAGCGGCGAUGAAAUCAGAUUCAACAAUUCACUCUUUGAAGAUUAUCCUGUCAGAGUGGAUUAUUAGUUUAGACAACAGGACAGUUACAAGAGAGCUUAUUAAAGUUAAAAUAUUCACUUCAUAAUUAUACAAAAUGCUUUUUUUCCCUUCCAUUUGGGUCUCAGCUGCCUGCCUUUUUACUGUAUUUUUUUUUUCUGUGACUAGCAAAUCUGAUUACCACGGGCACUGCGCUGUUGCUUAGCAACCCCAGCUGAGCCCAACCCGUCACCUAGCAACAGAAGCAACCCGUUUGGUCAACUGGUUUUUACCGCUGCUGGAAAAUACAAGUGUUUGUUGUUGAGUUAAUGUUCUGAAAAUAUACAAUCUUGUUGAUUGUGCAGGAGGCUCUACUUCUGCUUUUCUUAAUUGUACAAUUGUAUAAUUUCGCGAGUUGAAAUAAAUAGAUGCGACACAUUCAAACUGCUGGUGAUAAACUUAGUGUGAGGUUAAAUAAAACCAUCGUCCAGUCGGU